AUGUCCCACAGAGUGCCCUCCUCCUUCGACAAGGCAGAUGCCAACGACGAAGAUGAAAUGGAUAUCAUCCAGAAGAUGAUGUUCAGGUGCAAGCAGCAGCCUUUGGUGCCCUUAGGCACCUUGCUCACUACGGGAGCGAUCAUUCUCGCCACCAAGUCCAUCAGACAGGGGAGAAAAGCUGACACGCAGAAAUAUUUUAGGUACAGAGUCGGGUUCCAGGGCUUCACCUUGGUCGCUUUGGUGCUUGGUGGGUGGUACUACCAGACAGAGAGCAAGGCGCAGAAGAAGUCGCGUGAGGAGAAGCUCCACGAGAAGGCCAAGUUGAGGGAAAAGUUGUGGAUCGAGGAGUUGGAGAGAAGAGACAAGGAGAUCCAGGAGAGAAAGAAGCGCCUAGAGGAAUCUCGUAAAGAGUUGUUGCAGGUUGCUAGUGAAGGGUUUCGCCAGGAGAGAGAAAGAUCCCAGAGUUCUGAUCCCGCUGGCGUGACCGUUGGCAGUGACUCUUUUCCUGAUGGUAACUCUGUGGCUCCUGUUCCUGCUGGAACCACCUCGGGAUCUUCUCUGAACCAGAACAAGUAG